GCGCCAAAUAAAACCAGAGAAGGCAAGUAAAAUGUACAAAAUCUAAACCCGUAGCUCGAUCCCCUAUCUCUGAACUUGUUUCGAUCACUGAAGAUGGAGAGCUAUAAUCCUUCAUCUUUGUUCCGAGAUCUCCAAGCGAGAGAGCUCAAUGGAUGCAGAGUUCGGAAACGACCAUACAUCGAUUGUCUGUCGUCAGAUUCCAGCGACUUCGUUGCAGGAGUAGUUUCCAUCGAGCACAACGGAGCUGUAAAUCCCCCUUUGGCCGUUUCGUUCUGUAAGUCCAGUAGAAAUUCUCAUUUUCUUGCUGUCUCCGAUGAGGAUGGAUAUGUUAGCUUUUACGAUACUCGUAGAAAGCUUCCUUCGUUUACCUCUUGCCGAGAGAAUGCAGCUGGAGCCAGGAUCUGUGAUUGGGUAGCUCACAGCAAUGCAAUCUUCGAUAUAUGUUGGGUCAAGGAUGAUAGCCUCCUCCUGACAGCUUCAGGCGAUCAAUCUGUAAAGCUAUGGGAUGCAGAAAGAAGGGAGUGCCUUAAUGUCCUAAUGGGGCAUACUGGAAGUGUGAAGUCACUGUGUUCUCACCCAUCUAGUCCUCACCUUAUUGCGUCUGGUUCACGAGAUGGAUCUUUUGCUCUUUGGGACUUGAGAUGUAAGGCUAGCUCCAAAAAUAAGCACGGGAAACCCUUCUUAACCCCAAUUGCAGUUGUUGAAGGGGCCCAUGCUUCUGCUCAACUGAAACGGGUCAGGAAACGCAAGGCGGCUUCCACGAGCAUUACAUCUGUUCUCUAUCUCAAAGAUCAGAUUUCCAUUGCUAGUGCUGGAGCAGUUGGCAGCGUGGUGAAAUUCUGGGAUACCCGAAACCUUAAAACUCUGAUUACCGAGACCCGUCCUCAUCCUGAACAUGCAACUAAAAAGGAAGGAAUCUUUCAUGGGAUAUCAUCCCUGUCCCAAGAUGCAAAUGGUGUGUUCUUGUCAGCAUCUUGCAUGGAUAACAGAAUUUACCUCUACAAUGUUCUUCAGCUUGACAAAGGUCUGGUGAGAACUUUCCAUGGGAGCCGAAUUGAGUCAUUUUAUGUCAAGUCAGCAAUUAGCCCAGACGCAGUUCACAUACUUGGUGGCUCUACUGAUGGAAAUGCUUACAUAUGGCAGGUGAACAAGCCUCAAGCAGGUCCCAUAACAUUGAAUGGCCAUGAUGGAGAAGUCACGGCUGUUGAUUGGUGCCAAUCUGAGGUUGGGAAGAUAGCAACUUCUUCAGAUGAUUUCACGGUUCGCAUCUGGAACUUCCAGAAGUGUGGUGGCUCAAGUUCAAGAUCCCCAUCAUCCAUUCGAAGGAGAGUAACUGCAAUCCCUAACAUGGAAGGUAGAAAACUGUUCAUGGAUGAAGAUCCAACAGAUAUAACAAAAGCUGCCUGUAGCUCUGGUACUUCAGAGGAAGCCUUUAUUAAAGACUCAUCACCUGAACGUAUUAAAAUGCCUGAAAUCCGUACACCUGAAUCCAUCAAAAAGCUUUCAUUUGGUUCAUCGUUGAAGGAAGGAUCAGAGAUGGAGAAAACUCCAGAAGCUGCAUUGAGGAGUCCAUCUUCUGUACUGAAUCCACCUUCCUCCUUGAAGAGAAGAACCAUCCGUGAUUACUUUGUGGCAGCAUCAUGAAACUAUAAGAGAUUAUUUUGAAAUUUUUGUCAGAUCAUACAACAAAGACUAGUUUUGGCCUGCAUAUCUCUUGUGGAGAGCAGGGUGAAAUUUAUCCGGAUAAUUUAGAGGUUGGUCUCCUUGUUUAUUCCUUGUUUGUAUUCUUUCAAAUUACACUAGAUUCUGAUGAUGACCUUUUCUGUUAUUUUGCUGGGCAGUAUUUUGAUGUACAGGGGGGGAUUAUUUGAUUAUAAAUAUAAAAAUUCCAUAAAUGUAACUUGAUUGGUAUAAAUGGCAUCUCAUUUUUUGAA